GUGAAAACUAUCUCAUCUCUUAAAUUCCUGUAACCGGCAACGAAAUCCCAUUUGCCCGGGAAACGACGAAAAAGGAAAGGAAAUGGAUCCCGUCGGCCUAAGCUUCAAGUCCUCCUUCCUCUGUCCACCUCCCAAGCCAAAACCGAAACCCUCAAAACCACCAAAAUCAAACUUCAAAAUCCCCAUCAACUGCUCAAUUCAUUCGGACCCUUGGUCCUUAAGCGACGGCAAUAUUUCAAAACCCAAACCCAAAUCCAAGAAUCCCAAGAAGCCUCUCUCAGACGACAACGCCAGGCGCAUAAUCAAAGCUAAAGCUCAGUACUUAAGCUUGCUCCGUAAACACCAAGGUCCUCGCGCCCAGACCCCGAAGUGGAUAAAGAGAACGCCUGAGCAAAUGGUUCAGUAUUUGCAGGAUGAUAGGAAUGGGCGACUUUAUGGGAAGCAUGUGGUUGCAGCCAUAAAGACUGUGAGGUCGAUGGCUGGGAAGAGAGAGGAGGAGAGGAAUGUGAGGCUGCUGUUGAGUGGUUUUGUGGGUAAGUUGAGUUUUAGAGAGAUGUGUACUGUUUUGAAGGAGCAGAAAGGAUGGAGGGAGGCUAGAGACUUCUUUGCCUGGAUGAAAAUGCAGUUAAGCUAUCACCCAAGUGUUAUAGUCUACACAAUUGUUUUACGAAUAUAUGGGCAAGUUGGAAAGAUCAAGUUGGCUGAACAGACCUUCUUGGAAAUGCUUGAAGCAGGAUGUGAACCUGACGAAGUUGCUUGUGGUACUAUGUUGUGUUCAUAUGCCAGAUGGGGACGUCACAAGGCUAUGCUUUCAUUUUAUUCUGCUGUACAAGAAAGGGGAAUUCCACUGUCGGUUUCAGUUUACAACUUUAUGUUGUCCUCUUUGCAGAAGAAAUCACUUCAUGGCAAGGUCAUAGAAUUAUGGAGGCAAAUGGUGGAUAAAGGGGUGACACCCAAUAAUUUUACUUAUACUGUAGUCAUCAGUUCACUUGUCAAGGAAGGUUUUCAUGAGGAGGCUUUCAAAAUUUUUAAAGAGAUGAAGAAUAGUGGGCACAUGCCUGAGGAAGUGACAUAUAGCUUGCUUAUUACCAUAAGUACCAAAAAUUGUAACUGGGAUGAAGCAGGGAGAUUGUAUGAGGAUAUGAGAUCUCAUGGAAUUGUUCCAAGUAACUUCACCUGUGCUUCACUUCUGACCAUGUAUUACAAAAACGGGGACUAUUCUAAAGCCCUUUCUCUAUUUACAGAAAUGCAAAGAAAGAAAAUUGUGGCGGAUGAAGUUAUCUAUGGAUUGCUCAUUAGAAUAUAUGGGAAACUUGGCCUGUAUGAUGAUGCACAGAAAACAUUUGAAGAGACUGAGCAACUAGGUAUGCUGAGCGAUGAGAAAACAUAUUUAGCAAUGGCACAAGUCCAUCUUAAUUCAGGAAAUGUUGAGAAAGCUCUGCGUGUUAUUGAAGUGAUGAAGUCUAGAGACAUUUGGCUAUCGAGAUUUGCUUAUAUUGUUCUUUUGCAGUGCUAUGUGAUGAAAGAAGAUCUGGACUCUGCUGAAGUUACAUUUCAAGUUUUAUCAAAGACUGGACUUCCCGAUGCUGGUUCUUGUAAUGACAUGCUCAAUUUGUAUCUGAGACUUCAGUUGACUGAAAAGGCUAUGGAUUUUAUCAUCCAUAUAAGAAAAGAUCAAGUAGAUUUUGAUGAGGAGCUUUUCAAGACAGUCACUAAAGUACUUUGCAAGGAGGGCAUGCUAAGAGAUGCUGAACAACUGAUAAAAGAAAUGGGUACAAACAGAUCAUUCCAAGAUUGUAGAUACUUCCAGACAUUUUUCAAGAUUAUGCAUGGACAAAACAAGGAAUAUAAAAACUUAUUGGUCUUUGGUCAACCCGACACUAUGGCUCUCAGGCUUAUCUUUACCCUGUAUUUGAGACAUGGCAGCUUUAGUAAGAUGGAAAAAAUUCUGAAGUCAUUGCUGGAGACUGUUGGUGGUUUGUCUAUAGUGAAUCAACUAGUUAGCAACUUCAUCAGGGAAGGUGAUAUAUGUGAAGCAAACACAAUUAAUGCUAAAGUAACAAAGCUAGGCUUCAGAUUGGAGGAUGAAAUAAUUGCUUCGUUGAUUAGUUUAUAUGGUAAAAGACAAGAGUUGAAGCAAGCUCAAGAGACCUUUGCAGCAGUUGUGGAUUCCCCAUCAUGUGGAAAGUCAAUAUUUAACUCGAUGAUUGAUGCAUAUGUUAACUGUGGUAAAUCAGAGGAAGCAUACAGUUUUUAUAAGGAAUUAACUGAUCAAGGUCACAAUCUGGGUGCUUUUGGUGUCAGCGUUAUUGUGAAUUCAUUGACUAAAUGUGGCAAACAUCAGGAAGCAGAGAAUGUCAUUCGCAAGAGCAUGCAGGACAACAUGGAGCUUGAUACAGUGGCAUACAAUAUUUUUAUCAAGGCAAUGCUAGGAGCAGGGAGAUUGCAUUUUGCAGCCAGCAUCUAUGAACGGAUGCUUUCCUUGAGAGUCACUCCAUCAAUUCAGACAUACAACUCCAUGAUUAGCGUUUAUGGACGAGGUCGGAAGCUGGAUAAGGUUGCGGAGAUCUUAGAUACUGCUUGCAGCUUGGGUGUGCCUCUGGAUGAGAAGGCAUACAUGAAAAUUAUUAGCUAUUAUGGCAAGGCUGGUAAGACAAAUGAAGCAUCACUUCUGUUCACCAAAAUGCAGGAAGAAGGGAUAAAACCAGGGAAGGUUAUUUACAACAUUAUGAUCAACGUGUAUGCAGUAGCAGGACUCUGUCAUGAAGUUGAGGGACUUUUCCAUGGCAUGCAGAGAGAUGGGUGGCUGCCGGACUCCUUCACAUACCUCUCCCUUGUUCGAGCUUAUACAGGGAAAUUGAAAUAUUCUGAGGCUGAGGAAACAAUUGAUGCUAUGGAGAAGAAAGGCAUCCCACCUUCUUGUGCUCAUUUUAACCUCUUACUCUCUGCUUAUGCAAAAGCUGGUCUUAUGGCAGAAGCAGAAAGGGUUUAUAAAAAACUAUUGACAGCUGGCUUAAGUCCUGAUCUUGCUUGUUUUCAGAGUAUGCUAAGAGGUUACAUGGACUAUGGUCAUGUGGAAGAAGGUAUACACUUUUUUGAGCAGAUGAGAGAGUCUGCAGAACCUGAUCGGUUCAUUAUGAGUGCAGCUGUACAUUUGUAUAAUUUUGCUGGAAAGAAACACAUGGCUGAAGUUCUUUUGGGAUCCAUGAACAAUUUGAGGAUCCCAUUCCUCGCUAACCUUAAAGUUGGAUCAAAGGUAGGAACUGUUGAUGUCUCAGUGGUAACUUGACAAUGCACUAUAUAACCUGGAGAGCAAGAGGAUGAGAGGAAUUUUUAUAUUUAUAUGGAGCAGUGAUGACAGAAACAGUAAUAAAUUGGUGAAUUGCUGUUGGUAUUCCUCUGAUCAAGUGGUGGAUGGCACCAUAUCUCUGAAGGCUUAGGCCUCAUGGUCAAUGUAGAUGCCUCCAACUUGAAGUUGAACAACCCAUGAGUGAGAGUGACUAUGAACAAAUGCUGCGCGAUUGCACACUCGAGGUGACAUGGUAGUGGAUUAGGAGUUCAAUACAGCUGUGCUUUCACCAUUCAACGAAGAGCUCCUCCAGUGUAUGAAGAUAAAUUGUGGCAAAGAUGUGUAAGAAGAUUGUUCUUGGACUAAGGCAUCCUAACCAGAAAAUGCAUGAUAAUGGAUGCCAGUACCGGUGAGUACUGGGCCAGCUGACUACAGUAGGCUUGGUGAGUCCAUGUACUGUACCUCCACUCUUUGUCUAUUGUGAGGUUUACGAAUAUGUAUUGCCUGUUGGCUUUGUUAUUGGCUGUGAUGAAGUACCAGAUGAUUUGAAAGUAUUUAGAUUUGCUUCCUUCAUGAAACUGACAUCCGGUAAGCUACAGCAGUAGGCAAUAGCUUUCUGCUUGCGGUUGUGCUCAAGAAACCAUUCAGAUAUCAACUUGGUAUUUUUGUGAUUUUGGCAUGCUUAUCAAGAAAAAUACAGGUUGGAUAACUGCUGAGGAACAGGGACUAGAUAUGUCAACUAUACAUAUCUCAGCAAUAUGUCUCUAAAUUAUUUUAUUUGUGAUAAUAAGGGCAAAUGCGUAACCCAAAUACAAUGUAAGUGAUAGUCUUAAUUAGCUAAAUUAUAUUAUACAUUCACAAGUAUGUGUAAUUUCACUUAUAAUUUUUUUUUUAAAUUAUAGAUGGUGGAAUUCAUUUAAAUUUAACUAGUUAAAUCACUAAAACUUAUAUUUUAACUAAUUAUUAAACUCAUAAACUUAAAAUGUGCCUCUAACUAAAAUUGCUUAUGAACCAACUUUUAUUAAAUAAAUUUAGAAAUUAAAUUGAGCUCUACUUAUUGAAUGGUAGAUAUGCAUUAUAGUAGCACACAAUGGAAGUAGUUGGAAAAAUUCAUGUUAAGACAUACUGGUUAGAUUCUUGUUUAGAAUUUUUCUUUGCUUGAACAUUAGGUGACAAAUUUCUUUUUAGAAAAAAAUUACAUAAAGUUUUUUAAAUGGGCCUGGAGAUUCAUAAAAAUUAGGAUCGUGGCCCAUUUGAGAUGGGCCUGGGGAUUUGUCAAUGGACCGAUCACCCUUCCAAAUCUAUAAGGUUAGCGUUGCCUUUUUUUCUCUUCUAAUUUCUGAAUUAAAUAUUUCUCUCCGUGAAAAUUUCAGGCAGGAACCAACGAUGGCUUCUGCUUUGUUGAGAACCCUAACGAGAUCGUCCAAUUUGGGUUGCAGCACCAGAAAUUUCAGUCUCGUUACCAGUCAAAUCAGCAAUCACACUGCCAAAUGGAUGCAGGAUACUAGCAAGAAAUCUCCAAUGGAGUUGAUCAAUGAAAUUCCACCCAUCAAGGUUGAAGGCAGGAUUGUUGCAUGCGAAGGAGACACGAACCCUGCACUCGGGCAUCCUAUUGAGUUCAUAUGCCUUGACUUGAAGGAGCCAGCCGUCUGCAAGUACUGUGGCCUACGCUAUGUCCAGGAUCAUCAUCACUAGAGUAAUAGUUCUCUUAUUUAAUCAUCUGCAUGGAGAUUGGUAUUUUGGACUAAUAUGUGCCUAUCUUUGUCAAAUUGUUUCAAUCAAUUUGCACUUUCAGUUGACAAAUCUUUGUACUAUGGCAUUUCCAUGUGUUCAAUAUCAAGCGAAUAAAGAUUGGGCACGAUCAUUAUCUUGCUUGCUUGGCGA